CGCCACUCCGAAAAAAUCCCGCGCUAAUUCAACCUUUUUACUCCGUGUUCCGCCCGAUUGAUUCCGCAUGAUUUGUGAUGAUCACGUGAUCUUGGCGUCACAGUUGACAUGUUUUGAGGCGGUGAUGACAAAAGUCACUUAUUAUUUUUGGUGCUAGAGUGAAGAUAACGGCACUUUCAGCGGCAGUUAUGGCCAAGUCAAUACCGUUAGGGAUUAAGCUCCUACCUUCAAUAGGCGGAACUGAUAGAAAUGUAACAUACAAGAUUUUUAUUUUGAUCCUCACGUUUUUCUGCUACACAAGUUACCAUCUUUCAAGAAAACCUAUCAGUAUUGUCAAGUCUGUUUUACACAGAAAGAACUGUUCCAUACCACUACUGCCAACUGAUAAAGUCAAGUUUGAUAAUUCUACCGAUUGCGACUGGGCACCGUUUAACCAUGGAGACUUUGCGACACUUCUUGGUAGUCUUGACUUGGCAUACUUGUUUGCAUAUGCAGUUGGAAUGUUCUCAAGUGGCCAUAUUGCCGAACGGAUGAAUUUACGUCACUUCCUGUCAUUGGGUAUGAUAACCAGUGGUAUUCUAACAGCAGCCUUUGGUGCAGGCUACUUUCUGGGAAUACACAUGUUGUGGUACUAUAUACUUGUACAGGUGAUAGGUGGUCUAGUACAAUCCACAGGCUGGCCUAGCGUAGUCACCUGCGUUGGCAACUGGUAUGGUAAAGGGAAACGUGGCUUGAUCAUGGGAAUAUGGAACUCGCAUACAUCAGUAGGCAACAUUUUAGGUUCUCUGAUAGCUGGAAUCUGGGUGAAUCAUGCAUGGGGCUGGUCUUUUGUUGUUCCUGGAAUCAUUAUAGCCUCCUUAGGGGUUGUUGUGUUCUUCUUUCUCGUACCAGAGCCGUCAACUGUUGGCUGUAACAAACCUGUUCACCAUGGAGAUGAAGAUGGAGAAGAGCAAAUGGACCCUGAAACAACUGACACUGUACUAAAAAAUCAGCAAGCCCCUGUUAAACCCCACCCUGAUGGAAAAAUUAACCAUGCUUUUAGUGAAAGUGAAUCAGAUGUGAAAAAGAUAGAUUUAAGUGAAGUAAAAGUAGAUCUAAGCUGCGAUUCCGUUUAUUUUAAUGGUGAAAAAGUUGAUUUGACUAAUUUGAGCAAUGGGAAAGCUCAAUAUGGAACAAAUUUGAGUAAUGGACAAGUUCAAGAUAAACAUCAGGGUGGGGCAAGUUUACAUGCAGCACAGCUAACUGAUAAAGGAUUGCCUGUGAAGGCACAAUCUUUGAUUAAGAAAAGAGAAGAUGAGCACAAAGAAGAUGAAGCCAUUUCUCUAUACAGAGCAUUGUUAAUACCUGGUGUGAUAGAAUUCUCAUUGUGUUUAUUUUUUGCCAAACUUGUCAGUUACACAUUCCUAUUUUGGCUGCCAAAAUAUAUAUCAUAUAAAACUAGUUACGAUGCCGAAGUCGCGGGUGAUCUCUCCACGUUGUUUGAUGUUGGUGGUAUAGUAGGAGGAAUAAUAGCUGGUUUGGUAUCUGAUUUUACCCGUGGUCGUGCAUCUACCUGUGUGGUUAUGCUGACAUUAGCAGCACCUAUGAUGUUUGUGUACAAUGAAUAUGGUAGUAUUAAUUACGCACACAGUGUAGGUUUAUUGUUAGUCUGUGGUUUCUUCGUCAAUGGUCCCUAUGCUUUGAUCACUACUGCAGUCAGCGCUGAUCUCGGAACUCACAAAAGUCUUCAGGGAAACUCUAAAGCUCUUGCCACAGUCACUGCCAUCAUUGACGGAACUGGAAGUAUUGGUGCUGCUAUUGGGCCGCUGUUGACUGGUGUGAUAUCACCUACAGGCUGGAAUAAUGUCUUCUGGAUGUUAAUUGCUGCUGAUGUGUUUGCUAUGGUGUUCCUCAUACGACUUGUUACCAAGGAGAUCCACAUGUGGAGACUCACUGGCUGUACCAGAGAGAUAGAGGACGUUACAGUAAAUAUACAAAAUACGUUAUAGGAAUGCAUUCACACAGUAGAAUUUGAUAGGUUGAACUGUAAAGCAUAAAACAUUUUAGAUUUCUUAACAAAUAUGAUUGUAGCCAGUGGUAUAAUGUUUAAAAAAGAGAAGAAAAUUGCAGAUGUAUAGGAUUUGUUACACUGUUUUGUAAAAAGAAAGUGUUAGGAUUGAGCCGAGUUCAGCAUAUCACAUUUUAUGUGUGACGGGUAAGUUUAACCCUGUCAAACUUAUAUUGUGCCAAAACCUUUCUUGCACAUUGCUUCAACUAGAAAAUUUAUACAUUAUCAGCAUCCAACUCUGACACAUAGAACUUAUAAUCUGAAGAAAAUCCUAAAUUAAUUCAGUUUUCUUUUUAUUUAAGACAUGCUUUGUGGAGUUGACAAUAUUUAACAAAAUGUUACAUUGAUGUUUAGAAAAUUUAAUUUUGUUAGCAGUUAGAUUUUUUUUUAAUUAGUUCACGCUCUUAAAGGUUUAAAAAACUUUUUCUAAAUAUCAGGUUUUAUGAUAUUUUCUUAAUAAAUUGGCACUGCUCCAUUGCUUCAUAUACCACAAAGAUUGCUUUUAAAUGUAGAAAGAAUGCACAUUUUUACUGAAAAAUGCCCACAUUCUUUCCAGAUAGAUGCAUAGAAACACAUUUUCAACCAUCCUUUUACAGCCAAGGCUGAAUUUGACCCAUGCUGUUUUUGUUAGGUCUUGAACACUUAUUUUUAUUGCAAUAUUUCAAUGAUUUCUGUUAAAGUAUAAUUACUUGUGUUCAUCCAUUGGAUUGCAAGUCUUAAGCAGUUCAUGGAAGAUUAUUUUUUGGUUCAUAUUACAUAAAAAUAUAAGUAUUUUAACUUGAACAGUAAUACUAUAUACUUUCUGUCUUAGUUGGGCCACCAACAUUUACAGUUUAUUUUUGUACAGAAUGAAGUAGCUCAGGAAAUGAACUGUUUUCAAACAGAACAGUAUAUUGUAAAUAUUUUGUUGUUAUGUAGGUUGUAGCAGGUACCUAGAAACUGUUCAUCCCCACUUUAUAGACGAAAUUUAAAUUGUGUUCAUAGGUUUGUCAUUUCUUACACCUACUUUCAUCAUGGUCAGCCUAUACAAAGAAAUAAGCCCUGUCCAUCCUUGCUUAACAAGAAUUUGUAGGGCAGCCAGCAGUUGUUGUAAAAAUGAAAAUAGAAUGUCAAGUAAAAAAUAUGGGAAGGCAAAAAAUAUGUGUUAAGAUUGUCAGGAUACAGACUUCAAGAUAAAAAUUAAACCUUAGAUUUUUGCUGUGCUUGGUAUAAUGUUUUCUUGGGUAAUUUUUAUUAUGUCUGUCUAUAUUAUUUUGAUAUUUGAUAUACAUGCCCCUUCUAGCAUUCACCCACCCUCCCCCACACAUAUUACAAGCUCCCCACAGAUUUAUAAAGUUAAAAAAAGUACACACAUGUUUAUAUUCAUCCUUCCCCCUACCCCUUCGCUCACACAUAUUACAAGCUCCCCACUUAGAUUUCAAAAAGUAUUCAUGUGUUUAUAUUCAGCAUCCUCUUUCAGUUUCUUAAAUUGUAUUUAUCCAGACAAGUUUCUUUAACCUCAUGUUACUAUACCACCAUUCACCAUUAAUGUAAAUAGAAAAAGUUCCUUCUUCUUUCAAUUUUUUUUUGUUUCUCCACUGGACUUUUUGUAAACUGUUGAGCAUGCUGUCAUUCCUAAAGCUGUUGUUAUUAAGGCUUUGUAACAACGAUAGGUGAACAUGUUUACAGAGGUAAAUGACUCUGAAGCAUCACCACUAGGAUAUUGGCAGAAUUUGUUAAACUUGUUAUUGCAUUAGGUUGGACUGAUUGUGUCUGUGUUUGUAGAAGAAUAACAACAGUAUAUGGGGAAUUGAUAGAAUUUGUUAACCCUUAGCCUGCUGGCGGCAGAUGAUUCUGCCUUUGCGACCAGUGCAGACCAAGAUCAGCCUGCACAUCCAUGCAGUGUGAUCAUGGUCUGCACUGUUCGCUAUUCAGUCAGUAAAUUUUUAGUAAACACCCCUUCAAAUGAUAAAUGGUACUGCCCAAAUUUGAAGAUGGUCCAGUCCAUAAUAGAAAUUUAGCAUGGUAAGGGUUAGACUGGUUUAUGUAUUAUGUUUGGUUGGACUGAUUAUGUACAUGUUUGAUUUGUUGAAAGUUUUACUGAAAACACUUAACCUUUAGCCUGCUUGCAGCAAGUGAUUUUGCCUUUGCGACCAGUGCAGACCAACAUAAGCCUGUAUGUCUGUGCAGGCUGAUCUUGGACUUCACCGUUCACUUUUCAGUUAGUAAAUUUUCAGUGAACACCCAUUUGAAUAAUAGAGUAAGUGGUACUGCCCAAAUUGAAUGAUGGACAAGUCCGUUUUAGAAAUUUAGCAAGCUAAAGGUUAAACAGCCAUUAUCAUUGCAAAUAUUGUGUUUAUGUUUACUUGUUACAUUAAUCUUAAGUUUUUUCUUAAAAAUUUUCAUUGAUUAUAAAUCUCUGUAAUAUGUAUACAAGUCAGAUUAAUAUUUUCAUUGAUUAUAAAUUUCUGUAAUAUGUAUACAGAUAAAUUUAAUAGAUAAUCCGUUUUAAUGAUUCAUUUCAGUAAAUUUUUAGACACAAUGAUUUGAUCUUAAAUAGUAUAGUCUUCAUACAUGUAUAAACUUGCUGCUUUAUGUAUUUUUAAGAUCUUUAAUUGGGUGUUAGGUUUAAUAAGUAAAGCCGGAUUUUAAUGAAAUAUUUUUUAUCAUGACUUAAGUGUAUUAAACAUAAAAAAUAACAUUAUUUCCAUUCCUUAAUCAUAGAUUUUUAUUGUCAUUGUUUAUUUGUAGAUAAUAUUAUUUUGUUCAUUUUACAGUUUAUCUUUUAUAAUAAAAUUAUUUGUUGAUUUGCAGGGUUAUAUUUUUAUGAAUGUUUUACAACUUUUUCCUGUUCAAUGAGGUUACGUGUAUUAUGCAUGCUUGUUUUAAAAUAUAGUUAUGUGAAAAAAAAAAACGACAGUUUGAUGUUCUGAAUAUUUUAGAAAAACUAAUGAAAUUAAUUUUUACUUUUUUUUUUUUUUUUACUUUUUAUCCCAGUAAACACAGUUGUAAGGAGUCAUGUAAUAAUUGCUAACUUGAAUUUUGGAAACGAUUUUUAUAGUACAGUUUUAAUUCAAAUAUUUACAUCUUUAUAUUUCUUGCAGAAAGAUUAAUACUACAAAUUGUUGUUAAGUAAUAUCAUGUAAUAAAUGUUAAUCAUUUUAUUUUGACCAUAUUUAUGGAUGUUUGGCAAGUGAUUUCUAGAGUGAAAAAUCUUGUAAAUGGAAUAUUUCACCGAUAAUUGGCAUCAGGGAAUCUCGUGCUGCAGCCACUAUGUUCUGUUGUAGAACUUGUUAUGACACCAUGACAUUUGUUUUUAAACUUUGUUUUGACACCAUGACAUUUUAUUGCUUUAAGGAAUUAUUUGUUUCAUAAAUAUCUACCUUUCGCUUUGAUUGAUUCAUAGAAAUCUUUAAAGGAUUGUUAAGGUUGCUUAUACUUGUAUAUAACUGUUGUUAAUGUAUCACUCUUCCUCAAUACUUUAAGGAAGUUACGCAUGUUAGGACCAUAUUUUUUUUCUCCAGAAUGUAGAAUCUUUUGAACUGACUUUUUCAAACUCUUAAGACACAUUUGUGUUAAGAAAACACAUUGAAGAAAAGUAGAAUUUUCUGUAGAUUAAUUUGAAAAAGAAAUCGAGCUCCGAAUACCAUUUAUAAUGACAUUUGUAGGUUUCAUUUUAAUCAUGGUAAAGCUUGAAUUAUGAGAUGCAAAAUGCACAGUACAUUCAAGUAUUACAUGGUUAGUAAGGUGUUUAGACAAACAUGUGCAACUACUGCGGAAGUAAUUGUUGUUCAGAAGUUUCUUUUGAAUAAAGAUUUAAUGUAAAAUACAGCAUUAAAUAUGUAAAUGUGAUAGGGUAGUUGCAAAACAUAAAGAAAAUCAAAUGUGAUGAAAUUUGGCACAGCACAUUUAAAGUUUUUGUUUUAUUAAUCUCGUACUUAUUUAAGCAAGUUCUCUUUCAUACUAUAUACAGAUUUAUGGGUAAGGGAGGUAAUCCAAUGGAAGUGAUUGUUGUCAAUAAACAAAUUAAGAGUUUUGCACAAAUAUAGUAUGUAAACAAGGCCGUUAUGUAAUUGAAAAACCAUAGCAUUUUCCAAUUACUUAAAUUUUAUGCCACUAAAUGGAGACACAAAGAAAUUACACUCUCUGCACAUGACUUUGUCUGUGUGUCUGAAAACCUUUUUUGUCCAUGCUAUAGCUUUAUAAAAAUAUAAUGAUUCAGUGGAUUUCACAGAAACUUCACACUUGUAUUAAUGCUUAUAUGUUUUGUGCACAACUGCCAGGUCUGUACCUACAAGAGUUAAUGUCAAGGGCCAUAACUCCUUGGCAAAAGGUGUUCAACUUUAGGGGCAUUUAUCACUUUAAUAGUGACGUUUCUUGUUAUGUAGUCAGUGUUGUUACAAGCAAACUAGGCAAUACAUAUAUUCAGUUAUAAAUAUGUAGGAAAUAGGAAUCAUAAUAUGGUGCAUAAUCAAGACAACAUGCAGUUUAAAAGUAAAAUGGAAAUAACGUAUUAUUUCCUUCAAUGAUAAUUUUCUUUACCUUAGUUUGUUAAAAGUUUAGUUACAUAAAUGCUAGUCAAUAAAAUACGUAAACCGAUA